GUCACUAAUAUAAUGUGAUCGUUUCGCGGAUCUCCCACCGUCAGGAGUCAGUGUACUUUUCGUUGCUUUUUAUAUCAUAGGACAGCUUGCGCGGCAGCGACAAAGACAAUUGUUUGUAGAGAGACUACCAAAGAACAGCAAAAUUUUCGCUCUUAUUCUAGGACAGCUGUUCCAUGGUUUAUCAUUAAACAUUUUGUGAAUCAAACAACAUCGUUGCUGACAAUGCUAGAAUGUCUAGUAGCUGAAUGUUGUCUGUUGUAACGAACGUGUUGCUGUAAGUAAAACAUCGAGAUUUGUUUUCCUAAAAUACCCAAUUUCGUCGAUUGAAGAUCAUCAGGACAAGGCUACAGCAGAGCAAGGAGGACAAGACCUCACCCUCAGCAUUUUGUUUGCAUUUGAUUUAGAGACAUAGAACAAUGUUAACCCAGAGAAAGAGAAAACGCACUGUGGAAGACUUCAACCAGUUUUGCACCUUUGUGUUGGCCUAUGCUGGAUACAUCCCCUAUCAAACAGAGGAGUGGUGGUGUAGUGAGAGCAAGCCCAGGGACAGCAACCCCUGCAGCACCAGCCAGAGUACCAGUCCAUGGGCCUACCAGUCCUCUCCUACCUCAGACUGUGGCUCCUCUGCUCGGGGCCAGAAGGAGGAAGGGAAGGAGGUGAAGAGGAGCUCAGACAAGAAGCCGGUCGGGCCUGGUCAGGGGGAGAAAAAGCCUAGAGGAGAAAGUGCCAAGUCUCCCAAUACGGAACAGGCUGCCACUAGAUCAACGGUCAGCAAAACGCCAGAGAUCCAUGAGCAGCACCUGCCCCAGUCUGGAUGGACCAACCACAACAGCUGUCCUACUGACAACAAAACACAUCCUCUGAUGGUUUCCGAACGUGACCAUGACUGUAAACUUCCCCAAUCUUUCCUGACUCAACUCUUCCCUGAAGCCACCCACAGCAGCUCUCUGUCUGACCACAGGAACAAGACCAACAACGGUCAGACAGACACACCAGACCCCAAUGGGUCGGCUGGGAAGACGAGCGACGCUUUCCCUCAGAAGAAAGGAAGUGAAGAACUGGAACAGGAAGUGACAGAGCAGCCAGUUGACAUGACAAUGACAAGCUGUGAGACGGAGAGGAGUAGUUCUCACAGGCUGGGAGACAGAGAAAAAAAGAGAAGAAAGGAAGAGAAGGGGUCACGGGAGAGCUGGGAGGGGUCUGGGAGUGAAGGAGGCAUAGACAGGGGUCAGAGGUCAGAUAUCCUAAGGAUGGUGAUGGACAGGAGGUUCAGAGGUCAGCUAGCUGAAGACCAAGAGACAGGCUACCACACAGAGGAGGGAAGCAGCCCCGACCAGGACCGGGACCAUGGAGGGAGCAACUACCAGACGGACCAGGGAGGGAGCGAUGGAGAGGACACAUCUGCAGACAACCGCAAGAUGGAGGAUGAGGACGACUCGUGGGACCUGAUCACCUGUUUCUGCCUGAAGCCAUUUGCGGGUCGGCCCAUGAUAGAGUGUAGUGAGUGUGGCACCUGGGUGCACCUGUCCUGCGCUAAGAUCCGCCGCACCCAUGUUCCUGAAGUCUUCAUCUGCCAGCCCUGCCGAGAUACCAAGACAAACAUCAGACGCUCCAACCGGGCGCGGAUUGCCCCCCGCAAACGCUUUAGCGACUAGACUAGAUAGCACCAGCUGGUUCAUUGGUUGCGUCCCAAUUGGCAGUAGGUAGCCUAGUGGUUAAGAGCUUUGUGCCAGUAACCGAAAGGUUUGAAUCCCAAAGGUGGAAAAAUCUGCUGUUCUGCCCUUGAGCUAUGUAGCAACCCCAAACAACAACUGCUCCCCGGGCGCUGUUGAUGUCGAUUAAGGCAGCCCCCCGCAACUCUCUGAUUCAGAGGGGUUGGGUUAAAUGCUGAAGACACAUUUCGCUUGAGUGCAUUAAGUUGUGCACAACUGACUUGGGUAUCGUAUAUAGUGAACUACUUUUGAUGUAGGGAAUAGGUUGCCAUUUGGGACGUUGACCACUAGUGAGCAUCAAGUUCUAUGCUGGUCCAUUUUGUCGCUCUGCAAAAAACGCCACCAGGGUUGUGUUCAGUAAGACACAGAAAAAGUAAAUUAACUUCUGUUAUUGGACAAGUCCAGGUAGUCCUCCCUGUUUCGGUCCUUUUUCUUCCAUUUUGUGCCUAAUGAACAUGACCCUGGACACUGCCAUCAGCAACCAAGCCAUGAGUCUAUGGUUGUGUUCCCCUGCUCAGAUGUUACAUUCAUCAACCAAUGGUUGCGUGCCACAUCAACUGUGCCAUCGGGCACCAGAUUGUUAUGACAUGAUGUGGCUAGCUGAUACUUAAUACCUAUCCAGGCAUUGUAAGAUCCUAUCACUCUCCCCAGAACAGUACAAUGUCCAUACUUAGUACAAUACUAUGUAGGGAAUAUGGUGCCAUUUGAGACCCAUGGACAGGUUUCUGGGGACUACUUUCUCCAAAUAUGGAUUUUCAGUUAUUUCCACAGUUGUUGCCAUUUGAUGUAUAAGAUUGUCACGCCUUCAACUUUCUGACUCUGUAUAUACAUUGCCAGUGGAUGCUUGCCUCUCUUCCAAACAUGCUAUAUAUGUACACUGAGUGUGCAAAGCAUUAGGAACACCUUCCUAAUACUGAGUUGCACCCUCUCACCCUUUUGCCCUCAACAGUCGAGUCAGGACAUGGACUCUACAAGGUGUUGAAAGCAUUCCACAGCGCUGGCCCACGUUGACUCCAAUGUUUCCCACAGUUGUGUGAAGUUGGCUGGAUGUCCUUUGGGUAGUGGGCCAUUCUUGAUACAGACUGAUACUCAGCAGCUUGCAGUUCUUGACACAAACCGGUGCGCAUUGCACCUACGACCAUACCCUGUUCAAAGGCACUUCAAUCUUUUGCCUUGCCCAUUCACCCUCUGAAUGACACAAAUACACAAUCCAUGUUUGAAUUGUCUCAAGGCUUUCAAAAUCCUUCUUUAACCUGUCUCCUCCCCUUCAUCUACACUGAUUGAAGUGGAGUUGACAUCCAUAAGGAAUCAUAGCUUUCACCUGGUCAGUCUGUCAUGGAAAAAGCAGGUGUUCAUAAUGUUUUGUACACUCGGUGUAUAUCAGAUGGUAAACCUUUAGUAAGAUGUAAAUAGUCUGCUUUUUAGAGUUGUUUAUUAUAUCUUAUAUGUGACACAUGCAGUAAUAAAGGUAAAGGACUAA